AUGGUUACCGAUGUUUCUGUGUUUAACCAGCCUCUUUCUUUUCUGGAUCUCUGGAGUUUCCCCUCACUCUACGACGGACCCUUUGCUCCAAACCCCUUCAUUCUGGGGGCACCCGAAGCGCUGCGCGCAGCCCCAGGGCACAGAGGCGGGGAGGGCGCGCUGGGCGCUGAGACCCCGGUGCGGUGGAUGAAGCCCCUCUCCCAAACCCCUCCCCCGAGCUGCGGGACACGGGGCAGCACCAACAGAGCCCUUCCCGCACCCGCCCUGCGCGGGGACACCCGCACCCGACCCCUUCCCACAACGGGGUACGGGGGGUCCGGGUUCGUCCCGCCCCGCUCCCGCCCAGGGCAGCGCGUUCCUCCGCCCUUUCCCGGGAGGCUCCGGCGGGAGGAGGAGGCGCAGCGAGAGGAUGCGGACAUUGGAAGGCAGCGGGAUGAUGGAUGGGAGAGGAUAGUGGUUAAAGCUCGAGCUGGAUGGAUGGGUAUGGGGAGAGGGGCAGGAUCCACAGCCCUGGGACUUUUCCAAAUCCUCCUUGUCUUUCUCUGCAUCUUCCCUUCAGUGACAUCCCCAUGCAAGAUCCUCAAGUGCAACUCUGAGUUCUGGGCGGCCACGUCGGGCUCCCACCACGUGGGCACGGAGGAGGCGCCGGAGUUCUGCACGGCGCUGCGAGCCUACGCGCACUGCACCCGCCGCACCGCCCGCACCUGCAGGGGGGACCUGGCCUACCACUCCGCCGUGCAUGGCAUAGAGGAUCUCAUGGUGCAGCACAACUGCUCCAAGGAUGGACCCACCUCACGGCCCCACCUCUGAGGGUCAGGAAACGGAGCUUGUCUCAAACACCGCCUGUAUUCUAUAGUGUGAGAGUCAGGAAACUGAGUUUGUCUGGAACACCGCUUGUAUUAUUUAGCAAGCAGGUGUGAAAGAACAGGAAACCGAGCUUGUCUCAGACACCACUUGCGUUCAACCAUGGGAAGCGUUGCAAGAAUAACCACAAGCGAAGCAAAGAACAAGGCUGCUCGCUUUAGAUACUGUGUAGACAGGAUCACUCCAACCCGUUUGUUCAAGGUUCAUAAGCUUCUACAGGACUAUGAAAGAGGUGUAGUGGAUUUAUUGGGUAACUCAAGCCGACUGAGUAUGCAUGAAAGAUGGGGUCAGAUAGCGAACACAAUGGUGUGAGGGACAACAACCACCCGGAGGACCCUUGCAGAACCCCAAGUGUGGAACUGCAUAUGUGUUCACUUAAACACAUGCAUCAUCAGAGUAAAGCACCUCUAGGCUUUGUAUGCAAGUUAUCAAUAACACUGUAAAGAAUGUGAACAUAAAAAGACAGGGCAGCCAGGUCAGAGGGUGAGCUCCCACCACCGGCAAUACCCUGGGUGAAGAGGACCAAAAAGAUGUCACUGGAUCAAUGAGUGGUGAUCUCUUAACUUCUCAUGCCCCCUCCUCUGCCUCUCUCUUUUGUUAUCCUCUCCUCUCUUUUUAUUGAGUAUUGAUCAGAUCUAAGUAAAGACAUGUGGCACAUGACUUCCUAAUCCAGUUAAAGUAAUCACUAUUGAGCUACCAUGUCUAACAUGCCUUGUGUUUUGUAUUAAUAAAUCACAGAACUGGUA